AUGGCGGAUGUGGCCGAUGGCACUACUUGGACUUCGGUUCAGGCCGAGACCUUCUUGAAGGCAUGCGUGCUGUGUCGAAAAGGAUCGAAGAUCGAGCUCGGGCUCAUCCGGAAGCCGGAAGGGUUGGUUCUGGUUCGCGAAGAGCUCAUGAAUUUCACCCGAGCCUUGGAGAAGCUGUUGCGUCCGAGUGACGCGAGGCAGGAGCAUGGGAUGAGCCCUUUAACUGAGACUGUGAUUGUCGGAGUGCCUGAACAGGCACCGGACGUUUACCACUAUCAGAAUCCUGACCGAGCCGGACACCACGAGGACGAGUACAUGAGCAUGGUUUGGUCGGGGGGUAUGCCCGAUGGUGCAUUGGAGGACAAGAAGAACCAGGGCAUUUGGGCGCACAUGGAUCCGACCGAGCCGGGCCA